AUGGGCUUCAAUAUAUCUUUGUUAUGGAAGACCCCCGUGGUGAACCCCAUCAACAAGAAAGCUCGAAGCAUACCUGUUCUGAACGUAGUUGAUCCGUAUGGACGGGUAUUUUUCUUCUCUUGGAUGGGCUUCAUGCUUGGAUUUUGGGCAUGGUACACAUUUCCUCCAUUGUUGACAGUCACGAUUAAAAAAGACCUGCACCUCAGCGCCGCCGAAGUAGGCAACUCCAACAUUGUAUCCCUCUGUGCCACUCUACUUCUACGAUUCGUCGCCGGACCCCUCUGCGACCAAUUCGGAUCCCGGAGAGUCUAUGCCUCACUCCUCCUCCUCGGCUGUCUACCGAUCGGCCUCGCCCCCCUCGUCAAGACGGCCAACGGCCUCUAUGUCUCCCGAUUCUUCAUUGGUAUCCUCGGAGCAACGUUUGUCCCAUGCCAAGUCUGGUGCACCGGCUUCUUCGACAAGAACAUUGUCGGCACAGCCAAUGCUCUCUCUGGGGGAUGGGGCAACGCCGGCGGCGGCAUCACCUACUUCAUCAUGCCAGCCGUCUUCGACUCCCUAGUUGCUUCCCAGGGCAUGACUCCGUCCAAGGCAUGGCGAGUCACCUUUGUCGUGCCCCUCAUUUGUCUGAUCGCUUGUGCUCUCGGCAUGAUAUUCCUCUGUCCGGACACGCCCCUCGGAAGCUGGGAAGAGAGGUCGCAAAAGCUCCAAGAAAACCUGGACCAAUACAGCCCGACGAGCACCACGGCCGUCAACACGCCUCACAUCCUCAGCGAGCCGCCGAGCCGAGACGAAGAAAAGGCAGAAGGGUCUGACGGGGAGUCGAAAUUCUACAGGCAACCGUCUGCCAUCUCCUUGUCGGAAGCCGUGUCCAUUGCUCAGGCGGAAACCGUGGUCAAGCCCAGCUUCAAGGACUCUCUGCCCGUCAUACUCUCCUUACAAACCCUCUUCCAUGUCGCCACAUACUCGUGUUCAUUCGGCGGUGAGCUGGCCGUCAACUCCAUCCUCAGCUCCUACUACAAGGCCAACUUUCCACACUUGGACCAGACCAAAGCCAGCAACUACGCCGCCAUCUUCGGCUUCCUCAACUUUGUCACACGUCCGCUCGGCGGCAUCGUGGCAGACAUCCUCUACAAGGUAUCCGGACAAAACCUGUGGACGAAAAAGGCCUGGAUCACCAUGGCCGGCCUCCUGAGCGGGGCGUUGCUCAUCGUCGUCGGAAAGGUUGAUCCUUCAGAAGCCAAUGGCCGCGACAUCGGCACCAUGGUAGGCCUCGUCACCAUCGCCGCCUUCUUCAUAGAGGCAGGCAACGGUGCCAAUUUCGCCCUCGUGCCGCACGUCCAUCCCGCCGCCAACGGCGUCCUGUCCGGGUGCACCGGCGGCGGCGGCAACCUGGGCGGCGUGGUGUUCGCCAUCAUCUUCAGGUUCAUCGACCACGGCAGCGGCUACGCCACUGCCUGCUGGGUCAUCGGCGUCAUUCAUAUUGCCGUCAACUUGGCAGUCUGUUGGAUUCCGCCAUUGCCAAAGCGCCAAGUCGGCGGACAGUAA